AUGCCGCUGCUACGCUUGUCCUUGGGUUUGGCAACAGGAGAAGGUGAUCACGUGGCGCCCAAAGCUGUUCGUGUUGCUUUGGGUGACGCGGAGGUCUUCGCAGACAUCUUUGGCCGGGAGGACUCAGGCUCUUGGCCUCUGGGGCUCGGGCCCAAAUCCCUGAAGCCGGCAGCGCUCAUUGGCCAGGACAUCCUCUCCCAACAGCGGCAUUUCCUCGUGGCACCGGAGCCAUCGAUGUACGUGGCGGAGCAGCGUGACGCUGAAGGUUCGCUUCACCAUGUUGGAGAAGGCGAUUGCAUUGAUAGUGAUGGGCGGCGGCUGGAGGGCCUCCAAAAACUAGGAUGUACGAUGGAUGAUGCUGCGUGGGAGUGCCUCUCGCUGCCGCCAGGUGCUUGUGCAGGCAUUGCUGUGACUCCAAAGGGGAGUUUUCAGGGCCUGUGCUACAUCUUCGUGGCCGCAGAGUUUGGCAAGGAUGAGGAGUUCCGGUCCCGGGGCUUCGCCCGCUAUGCGGCGCCGCCUGGGCAGGCGCUGGCGCCACCAGGCUCAACUGUGGCAACGGCGGACGGGACUCCAGAUGCGCAGUGCUUCCGUUGGCAGCCAAAGUGA